AAGCAACGAAGAAUACGAAACGGUACGAAAGUUGACAGUACUAGCUGAGGUAUCCUCUCGGUACAUACGAAACAGUGAGAGCCGUAAGACGCCUCUGAAGCUCGGAGGCACACGGUCGCGCGUAAAAUCCGUUAAAUCCGUGUGGCUCGUUCUUUGUUCGGAAGUUCGGAAGCUCAGUCGGUCCCGCACGACCGUGACCACUUGUUCUCUCUCCCAGUGAUAUCUCUUUGUUCUCAAAUUUCGUAACUCGGUGCCGAAGCAUUUUUGAGGCUGAAUAAAGAAGAUAUAUCAAAACGAAGAGGCGGGACUGUGUUAAUUGGAAGAACGUAAAGAAAUAUUGUCGAAAAACAACGAGUUUCGGAGACACAGAAAUUACCGAAAAAUAAAUCUUGCGAAGCAACACACGCACGAAAGCACACGCACACACACACAUUUCACGUUUUUACCCGGUUCGUCGGGCUUGAAAAGUAUGACGAAAAAACACACGGUCGUUGUGAAGCUACGAAGAGAUCGCAAUCGUCCUUGGGGUAUCCGCAUCGCCGGGGGUGCGGAUUUGGGAACACCGAUCAUUGUUACCCGAUCGGAGAAUGAUGCACUUCAGAAGGGUGACGUGAUCAAGAAAAUCGACGAUUACGACGCGCGCGACGUGAGGCACGUGGACGCCCAGUAUCUCCUCCAAAAUUCAGAGUCUGUAAAACUGGUCGUCGAAAGGUCUGAGCCAUCCUGCGAUCGACCAUCGCGCAAUCACACUCCUCAAUCUUCGAUAAUCGAUUCGUUCACCGACCGCAAUGGGGCGUCAUCCCCGUUUAGUUUGCCAAAGUCUCAUCCACCAAAAGCACCGAUUCCUCCGCACGUCGAAGAGUACCGACCUUAUUCUCCCGAUCAUUUCGAACCGGCGCACGAGCAUCUCGACGAAGUUCGCGAAGAGCGAUUUUACUUGUCACAGCCAUACCGCACGACUCCUUUGGUCUUGCCAGGUGCAAAGGUCAAGAAGGAUGCGCCACUUGGAGAAUGUUACCUCCGCCAUCAUCCGAAUCCAAUGAUCAGAGCUUCGCCUCAUCAUUACGAGAUCGCUAAUCCCGAGGUUGCUAUGAAACAAAAAGUUGCGGAAUCAGUUUUGCAGCGCGUCUUGGGACCAAACGAAGUUCCAAAGGUUGUCCAUAAGCAAUUCAAUUCUCCGAUUGGACUCUACUCCGAACAAAAUAUCGCUGACACGAUUAAGUGUCAGACGUCGGCAGUUCCAAUUUUCGUAGAUUUAUCCUUCGUAAAGCAUAGAAAGGAUAUUCAAGAACAAGCGAGAUUGAUGAAAGAGGCCGCGGCCAAGGGAUCUCCGAAGAAUCCGUGGCCCCAAUUCAAUAAGCCGAUAUAGUUGCAUUAGACAAAUUAUAAAUACGAAUAUACAAAGAAAAUGAGAAGAAUAUCCCACCCUUUCGACGACGCACGUUCGACGAGAAUCUUAGUCAUAAUAACCCAUAUACGCUCAUCAUAUUUGUUCAUCGCAACAGUUAUUAUUUAACACAUACACAAAAGAAUCGAGAACGGUUGAGUUGUCUCGAUACUUCCGAAAAAAUGCAUUGAUUUUUCGCAAAAAGAGGCCGCGGCUGUCGUUUUCUACUGGAUGAUUAUCUGCUCCGAUUUUUCUCACAUUUUAGCUUGAUCGCCUCGUGACAUUUAAAAAAAGACACAUGGAGCAUGGAGUACAUCGGUAUUUGCGAACAAAGCUCUAUCGUUAACUAAGGAAAGGUGCCUCAGUCUCGACUUCCGAUUUCGUUGAUUCAAUCCCUUAGAAAUCAAUUCGAGUCCACGAAAAAAAUUUGUGUCUCUUAUCUUUCGAUGUUUACGUGUAAAAAAAAUUAUCAAGAUCGGAGGCGGACAGCUUUCCUUGUAAAUGGCAAUGUAGAAAAGGGAGAGAAAAAUCGUCGAACAGGAAAACGAAAUGAGUCGGGAAAAUUUAACACGACGAAAACAAAAUGUAAAAAAACUUCGAUGUAAAAAUCGAGAAUAAUAUAAUAGUGCAUGAGUAGAA